CCCAAAUCCCAUCGCCUCGCCGCAUUCAACCAUGGCGGAACGACACACUGUCACAUUUCGUUCCUUGUCUGGCUCUGCAGCAUCAGCCACCGAAGAAGACCUCAGGCAGCUCGGCCUCAAGGUCAGGCCCUUCGCGUCCCUCGCCGCCCCCUCCCGCCUCCCCCCUGUGCCCAUUACAUCCGUCCUACUCCCAAAGGUGCCCUUCCAGUCCUUUGCGUCAGUGCCCACACGAGAAGUGGACCUCACAAUGAGUCCGAGCCGAAACGCGUCCUUUCUCACGGCCAGAGGAGGCAACGACAAUCCCAUUGGCAAGGGGCGCCUGGUCAACGCGGGCGUUCCCCCUGCGCCAGCCGCUAGUUUGGCAGUGAGUAUGACGAACAUGAGUGUGGUGUCUGAGGGAGCCGAGGGGGAGGAGGAGAGGAGCCCGGUGGUGGUGGUUCCCCGACUGGCCCUCCCGGCUGGGAGGAAAGCCAAGGUCAAUGACUGGUUCACUCACACAGGUGGGUGUAGGAAAGAAGAAAGGACGACAGACACAGAUGGAUGCACGUGUGAUUCAUGGUCUUCUCCCUUGGCUGGCUUCAGGGCGCAAGCGGUAUGCAACGUUCUCCUUUUCCCUUGUGCUGCCGAGCAUCAGCACUGCACGACAGCCUAUACACGUGGGUGGGGUGGAUGAGCCGCAGACAAUGCUCUCUAACGUCACCAGGCAGGUACACGGCGGAGCGCUCAUACGGGAGACACACACAUGUUCAUAUGGAUAUAUGCAUUCGUCUGUGUGGUGGUCAGAGCAAUGCAGCCCGUGCCCUUGAGGCGGCGGAGUUGAGGCAGACUGAGGAGCGGAAGAAGCUGCUAGAUCUGGAGAGACAAAGGGGAGCAUCUUCCGAUACCAUCCUGGAGAAAGGUGGACUUCGGGAGAGGAAAAGCUCUCCCAUGUGUCUCAUGUCCCGAUUUGUAGAUGUUUUCGACCGGUACCGUGAAUUCCUAUUCCACCAACAGCCGCAGGGUUUCUCCCCCUCCCUCCUGCCUCCCCUGCUCGACUACCGGGACCUCCAGCCGUCCCCCGCGCUCCUCGUGCCGGCAACCGACAGCAGCGGCAGCAGCAGCAGCAGUGCCACCAUGCACACCCUCCCCUCCCUCACAGACAUGGCCGAGCACCGCCGGCAGCGCAAGAGAGGCCGGCACUUCGACUUCAGCCUCAAUGAGAGGGCGGAGCUGCUGCGGGCAAUCCAGUGGUACAACCAGGCGUCAGGUUGGCAGUGGGAGGGGGUGGUGGGGCGGAAUGUGUUCUGCCGGUUUGUGGUGAAUCUGGAGCUGCCUGGUCUUGAGACGAGCGGUCAGCUGUGGAGCGAAUUCAUCGACCGCUUCUUGUGGGUGGCCUGGGUGUUCGACGCUCAUGCGACCAUCAUACAUGUCACGCGGCCACACCUGGUCAUCAUGCAGGUCAGUGACCGAGUGAAUGGGGAGGAGAAUCGAUCUCUGUCUGUCUGUCUGUCUGUCUGUGUCUAUUCCUGAGUCUCUCCCUCUGUGUGCUGUGCUGCCUUUAGAGGGGCCGGUCUGUGCUGACGAAAGCUCAAUUCCUUUCUGUGAUGGCAGAAGUCUUGGGGCACCUCAUGCAGCCGGUAAGUGCAAUGCGCUCCCUCUGCUCGCCCACUCACACACACUCCACAUCUCUCUCUCUCCCUCUCUCCCCUCCCCCCCAUCUCUCUCGACAGAUUCAGUCGAGGAUGGAGUACUUCAUCAGCUACCACCUCAAACGAGCCGUCCAGCGGGUGGCCCCCUCGCUGCUCGCCCGAAGCCCCACCUCCUCACACCCACUCACCGACCACCAGGACUCACACACGCCACAGGGACUGCCACCAGCAGCAGCAAAGGGCAGGAUGGGAGACAGGGAAGGCGGCACAAUCAGGAGGAGAGGCUCACCGAAGGUGUGUGUUCUUGCGUUUCUGUGUGGUCGGCCCUUGUGCUUGGAUGGAUGAGUGUCUUUGCCUGUGUGUGUGUGUGUGUGUGUGUGUCUCAGGACAAGGAGAGCCGUAAGAGGGGGACUAAGGUCAGGAGGGACCCCGAGGGCGACCCCAGGGCGACACAGAGGCCCGACAAACGAAUGGACGCGGCGAGGCACAAAGUUAUGGGGGUCAAGGCCAUCAAAGACGCACCAAAAGCCGGGGCUGACGAUGAGGUACACACAGCCACCCCAUCUCUCGGACCCCUCCCCUCCCAGCCCCAUUGUGUAGUGCGUCUCAUUUGUGCAGACGGUGUCCACAGUGCCGACAGUCCGCAUAUUUCGGCACGUGCGUUACAUGCUGCUAGAGCCGGAGGUGCUCGUCAUGUGUGCCGCCCUCCUGCCAAUCUUCAAGCGGCUCUUUGCCGUCUACACAGCGAUGCCGCCCAAAGAAUCGGGAGGCGCACAGCUGACUGACAGCAAGGCCAGCGGCUGGAGCGAUGCUUCCAUGCUGGGUGGGUGGGUGCGAUGAGCGUUGGGCGUCCACCAGUCGGUUCAUGUGUGUGCGUCUGCAGGUCACAUGACUCAGCGUGAGUUCGUGGUCUUCUGUGUCGACUUCGACAUUAUCCCCCGUCUGUGCCAUCGCAGCCGGGCGGCGGAAAUAUACAACGACUCGCAGUGCCUCACAUUCGUGGAGAGGAGGACAUCAUCGGAUAUCGCUGUCGCGCCCAGGCUACACAGGCGAGCAUGGAGACCACCCUCCCCUCCCCACCCCACACACAUGCACGCAUAAGAUGGUCAUCUGUGUGUGUGUGUGUGUGUGUCUGUGUUUGUUGUCUUAUCAGGUCAGCCACCGACAGCAAUGUGUCUCUGGACUACCUGUCGACACACGCCAUAGAUGAGGAGACACAGAAGGACGACCAGGCAGCAGCAGCAGCAGCAGCGGAUGACGCCAAGACCCCGCCGCCCUCCACGAACCCGCAGCAGAAGAGGUCGUCCAUGGUGAUCACCGGCACACAGCAGCAGGAGGCCCCUCCCGCCCUGCCCACACCACCACAGCCGACUUCCAAAGACAACAAGAAAGCCUUAGGGGCCGCAAAGGUGCUGGCUCCCUUGGCGUACGCGCGUCAGAAUGGAGGAUAUGGACCGACUUUGUGGUGGGUGUGUGGUGCAUGCAGGUGGGGGCUGGCGGCCGACGGCAGACGGGCAAGGACGAGAGGCCACCAGCGGUUGGAAGGGGGGUGGCUGACGCGCCGCCGGGCAAGAAACGGGCUGACGUCAACAAACUGAACAAAGUACGUACAAUUGUGGGGACAGCAGCCACUUGGUCGAUGGAUGGAUGACAUACAUAUCGGCCGGCGUGUGCGUGUGUUCCGACUGCGUGUGCGUGCAGCGGUUUGCGGUGGCGUCUCUGAUGGAGACCGUCCUGAAGAUUGCCUUCCUGUAUCUCCACCACUACAGCACACAGCCACAAAUGGUACACACACAUUCAUGCCUUGCCUACACGGAUGUGUCCACUCAUUGGGUGGGUGGGAUGCUUCAGGCGUCUUCCUCCUAUGUCAAGGUGGUGUGGCUCUACACCUUCCUUCUCUCACGCAUCCACCACGUCAGGCAGCUGCAGCAGCAUCAAGGCGCAGCCAGCGACCCUCGGUCGUCCCGCGCCGGGACGGGCGUGACGGGAUCGGCCGUCAUGGGCAAAAGGGAAGGUCAGUAUGUGUGUAUCGGGAUACAUACGGCAGCAGGGAGACACGAACACCCACAUUCCUCCGGGCGUGUGUGUGUGGUGUGUGUCUGCAGUGAGAAGCCCCAAGCUGCGAGAAGUUGCCAGUCAGCCAGAGAUCUUCGAGGUGAGUACGCUCACACACGACGAGAGACACCAGGACUUCUUCCUUUUGGUGUUUUGCAUUCCUCAGCUGGACGCCCUGGUGACGUCGCUCAUCCGUCAGAAGCUGGCCAUCCAGCCAUCGGCCCGCGACGCCCCCUCCCCCUCAAUCUCUCCCACAGCCUCCUACCUGCCCCUCCUGAAGAGCGCCCGGCCCUCACCCCGCCCACCACCCGACGUCAGCAGCAGCUCAUCCCUCUCCCACCUUCCCCAGCACUUCUCGCUGUCACCAGAGGAGUUUGUGUGGGAGAGACAGGUGGAAGCACGCACCCUCGAGGCACUCAUGGCCAGGGUCAAGCAGAGUGGGGCUGGUGGGGGCGGGGGCGGGGGCGGUGUGUCGCCCGUCAGCCGCAGACAGAAGGGUGGGAGGGGUUCGUCAACUGCGACGGUGGGGGACUUGCGUUUGUUUGUGGGUGUGGUUGGGUCUGGUAUAGAGGGUGCGAUGAACUGCAAGAUGGGGGCGGGUGAGAAGGACGCUGUGCUCAUGCCCCUCGUUGCCGAGAGCUCCACCUGAAUGUGAUGUGAUGCGACUCUGACGUGUGCUGUACUGUGC